UCGAAGACUGUAGUUCAGGCAGUCGAAAGCUUGCAUGUUUUUAAAUUGUUUCAGACAGAGAUCGUUUUUAAAUUUUAUUAUUUUUUAUCCUCGUGCGGCCCCUCAAUAUUUUCACGAGGCCUUUAUCAACUAAUCCGACUGGGUGAUGUAAACUUUUCAGUUUGCAGUAAGCAAAGUGAUGCUAUGGAAAGGUGGCAGAAUUUGUGGUGCAGUGCUACCCUUCGAGAUAGACAGAAAUUUCUUUUAGUAUUUUACUUUCACGACCCCCUCUAAAGAAUUCUUUUUGCGACAUCACAAAAAUUGAUCCAGAGUAAAAGAAUAAUUUUACACAGAUGCUGUCCUUUUCAAGCUCUUGAGACGUAAGACUGGUAACAGUUGUAAUGGGAGCACAACAGAUUUGCUUUUUGUGUUUACAUGAUAAGUAAAUCGUCGUCCACACUACUAACAGUUAAAUACUUAAUUUUUACUUCUAAUUGUAACAGAUCAGAGAGAAGAAGAGCAACAAGACCAGCAGGGAAUAGAGGAUAAUGUACAACAUGAUGAUGUGGAAGGAGUUGCCGAGGGUAGAAUGAUAGAGUUGGCACCUGUUGGCUUGCCUCCACCAGAACAAGGAGAGGCCGAGUGCGGGGGGAUAGAGUUGGCAGUUGUCGGUUUGCCUCCUCCAGAACAAGAGCAAAGAGAAAAAGAUGUUUCUGUUGUUCGAGCAGACGUACGAAAAAGGACUACAAUUCGUCUUGUUUUGCCAGCCUCGUCUUCCAAACAAGAAACUGAGGAGAGUUUGGAACCAGGUGACACUCAGCCUAAGUUGUCCUCGCAAAAAAAACAAGAGGGCGGUAAAAAGCUCAACCGUGCAAAAUGCAAACCAAAAACAGAUGAUUCAUCUUCCACUGGUUCCAAAGGAUCUCUUGGAGAGGAAAGUGUUACUUAUGAAACAGCAUUGUAAUAAGUAAGCAAAAUG